AUGGUCUCCUGCGGGCGAGAGGGGCGUCCUGACCUGUACGGUCUUGGGAUUCGCCUCGGAUUCUACCUGCAGUGGUUCGGCGAGAUCCUAGUCGAGUUCUUUGACCAAGCCGACGUCUCCGACAUACGCCUACUGGGCUUCCUCCUAUCCGGCGCCAUUGUCCUGGCUCUGCUCGUCCAGGUCGCGGAUCAACGCGCCCAAGGGGCUGACAUAUACAUCAUGCUCCAGCUGGCGGCGGGCUCAUACAUCUUCCUCGUGCCCAUGUACAUCUGGAAAGCGCUCACAUGCUGCGACCGCAGAUGGGAUCCGCUCGGGCAGACGAGAGAAGCCAAAAUGGCGGUAUUCAACGUCUCGACCAUGUUGCUUCUGGUCAUCAUCUCGGCUCUCCACCUCUGGUUCUUUGGCACAUAUAUGCCGACCAAGGGACGCCAAUGCGGGUACUACGGCUUCUUCUUUGCAAAGGUCAAGCUCGACAACACGGCAUACGUGGUGAUCAACAUCAUCGUUGGCAGAAGACCAGAACAAAGACCCGAGGAAGUUGAACAAGCGCGCAACGCAAGGCGAGAGCGAGCAAGACAGCAGCGGGCAGAGGUGCUACGCACCAUGCGCGGCAUAUCCAACCUGCUUGUGUACGGGCUUCACAUCACCGCCAUUGAGCUGACGGUACGAUGGAACCAGUUUGACAACAUUGACGGCGUGGACACGAGCGCUCAGACGGUUCCGCUGCUUGUGAGUGCCGGCAUCCUGACUCGCUUCCUUUUGCUGCACUAUGAGGGCAAAAACGACGAUGGAUCGACUGCUGGAGGUCGUCGACCUGUCAACCCUGAAGACGGAUCAGAUCAACAGGCUGAAGCCGGGGAUGAGGAUCAAGCAGUAGACCCCAACGCCGAGAUGGCAGACCUAGACGACUUCGUCGCGGGCAUCGACCUGGACAACGACGGCGAUCCAGAGGCGCGAGGCGGCGGAACGGGCGGCGGCGAGGGAGCGACUGAGGGCGAGAGGAGUGAUUCCGCGUCCGGUGCGGGCGCAUUCUAG